AGUGAGGGAGCCGGACGCUCCGGGAGCCGAGGGGGGCGGGGGGAGCCGCGCCGCGGGCGCCGCCGCCUCCACCGCCUGGGACGCAGGGGUGGGGGACGGACGAGCCCCGAUGCCGGGGGAGACGGAGGAGCCGCGAUCCCCGGAGCAGCAGGACCAGGAAGGGGGCCAGUCAGCGGCUGCCGACGCGGCUUCGGACGAGCCCCGGCCCGGCGUGGCGGCGGCGGCGGCGGCGGCGGCGGCGGCGCCUGCGGGGACCGCGAGCAGCCGCGUGCUGAGGGGAGGUCGGGACCGAGGCCGGGCCGCUGCGGCCGCCGCCGCCGCUGUGUCCCGCCGGAGGAAGGCCGAGUACCCCCGCCGGCGCAGGAGCAGCCCCAGCAACAGGCCCCCCGACGCCCUCGGGCAGCAGCCCGCGGCCGCGAAGCCCCCGUCUCCUGCUCAGGGCAAGAAGAGUCCGCGACUCCAGUGUGUAGAAAAAAUAACAACUGAUAAAGAUCCCAAGGAAGAAAAAGAAGAUGAUUCUGUCCUCCCUCAGGAAGUUUCCAUUACUACAACUAGACCUAGCCGGGGCUGGCGCAGUAGUAGCAGGACAUCUAUCUCUCGCCUUCGAGACACUGAGAACACUCGGAGCUCUAGGUCCAAGACUGGCUCGUUGCAACUCGUCUGCAAGUCAGAACCAAUUACAGAUCAACUUGAUUAUGACGUUCCAGAAGAACAUCAGUCUCCCGGUGGCAUUAGUAGUGAUGAGGAAGAGGAGGAGGAAGAAGAAAUGUUAAUCAGUGAAGAGGAAAUACCGUUCAAAGAUGACCCAAGAGAUGAGACUUACAAGCCCCACCUUGAAAGGGAAACCCCAAAGCCACGGAGAAAAUCAGGGAAGGUGAAAGAAGAGAAAGAAAAGAAAGAAAUUAAAGUGGAAGUAGAAGUAGAGGUUAAAGAAGAAGAGAAUGAAAUUAGGGAAGAUGAGGAGCCUCCUAGGAAGAGAGGGAGAAGGCGGAAAGAUGACAAAAGUCCACGUUUACCCAAAAGGAGGAAAAAACCUCCAAUCCAGUAUGUUCGUUGUGAGAUGGAAGGAUGUGGGACUGUUCUUGCUCACCCUCGCUAUUUGCAGCACCACAUUAAGUACCAGCAUUUGCUGAAAAAAAAAUAUGUGUGUCCCCAUCCCUCCUGUGGACGACUCUUCAGGCUCCAGAAACAACUUUUGCGGCAUGCUAAACAUCAUACAGAUCAGAGGGAUUAUAUCUGUGAAUAUUGUGCUCGGGCCUUCAAGAGCUCCCACAAUCUGGCAGUACACCGGAUGAUUCAUACGGGCGAGAAGCCAUUACAAUGCGAGAUCUGUGGAUUUACUUGUCGACAAAAGGCAUCCCUUAAUUGGCACAUGAAGAAACAUGAUGCAGACUCCUUCUACCAGUUUUCUUGCAAUAUCUGUGGCAAAAAAUUUGAGAAGAAGGACAGUGUAGUGGCACACAAAGCAAAAAGCCACCCUGAGGUGCUGAUUGCAGAAGCUUUGGCAGCCAAUGCAGGCGCCCUCAUCACCAGCACAGAUAUCUUGGGCACUAACCCAGAGCCCCUGACACAACCUGCAGAUGCUCAGGGGCUUCCUCUUCUUCCUGAGCCCUUGGGAAACUCAACAUCUGGAGAGUGCCUACUGUUAGAAGCAGAAGGGAUGUCAAAAUCAUACUGCAGUGGGACAGAACGGGUGAGCCUUAUGGCUGACGGGAAGAUCUUUGUAGGAAGUGGCAGCAGUGGGGGCACUGAAGGGCUGGUCAUGAACUCGGAUAUACUCGGUGCUACCACAGAGGUUCUGAUUGAAGAUACAGACUCUACUGGACCUUAGUGCAAAGGAAGACUUUGGGCGCUGGGACAGUACAGACUUUGUAUUUAAAAGAUAAAAAGGACAAAAAAAAAAAAAUUUAAAGCAUUUAAAAAUCUAGUAAAAUAACUGAAGGGCC